AAGACCAUCGUUUCAGUUACCUCUUCGUGUCCCCAUCAUCUAUAAAAUGGAUGUAAUUUUACCUCUUGCCUACCUGGACAGUUUUAGGAAAAGGUAAAAUAGAUACAAAAUUGCUUUUAAAAGAUCCUUUUGAAUAGUACUCUAUAAAUAUAAAAAUCAGUAAAUCUGAGCUUGAAGCUAAUACAUAACUUGUCCCCUACUAAACUGCUUACCAAUGGCUGUAGACACGCAGGUCCAUCAAAAAUAUCAAUACACGGAAAUUGGUUCAAAUCCAGCGCUGCUACUCAAUUACUGGCCAGUUUAUUUCUUUUGACUUCAGCUUGUCAAAGUCGAGGAAUUAAUGAUAGUUCAGUGCUUUUAGACUCUGAAGCUAUCUUCAGAGAUUGAAGUUAAUGACAUUCAAAACCAGUAGAUGAAAUCAUAAAUGACCAAUUUUAAGAAGAUUAAAAUAUCACAUAAAGUGAGAAAGUGUAAACUGAGAACACGUAAAAACAAGUUGCCUCCUUACGUGUACAAAUACAUGCACAUCCAUCCACCCUCCACCCUCCACCCUCUGCCCAAACUUAAAAGAUUACUGGAUCUGUUCUGUGGGAACGGACAAUAUAGGGACGGGAUGGUGGGAAGCCAGUUAGGGGCCACCUGUAACAGUUCAGGCUAAGAGUAAUGGUGGCUGGGCCAGGGUAGGCGUAGAGGGAGUGAGAAGUAGCUGGUUGUGAGAUAUGUUUUGAAGUUGAAUAGGACUUGUGAAUUGGUUAGUACUUAAGAGCACAGUAAACAGUAUGGACUUUGGCAAAAGGCUUUGGGUCCGUAUUCCCAGAGUGUCCCUUGUUCUAUGUCAGUGACUACCAAGAUUCACUUUCCUUAUUUGUAAAAUGGGCAUGAAAUAAUAGCACCUAUGUCAAAGGUUUGCUGCAAGAUAAAAUUAAAUACUCCAUAAAAACUCUUAAUCUAAUAACUGUUAACACCAUUACAGAAAGUAUUAGCAUUUUCUGCACAGGUGCUUGUAUCAGUCUUAGGAUUAGUCUCAGUUACUGGUCUUGCUGUUUUCCGUACUCUUUAGCUUGCUCAUUGUAGAGUCCUAACCGCUGGACCACUAGGGAAUUCCCAGCUUGCUGAUUGUAAAAUAGAAAUUGCACAGCACUGUCUUGCUGAAAAUUCUUAGUAGCUUCCCAUUUUGAUAAAACGAAAACUAUUGGGAAUAGUAUAUUUGGGAAUAGUAUAUUUGGUAAUAGUAUAGACUCCUUUCCUGCCUCUGUCACCACUUCAACCCACCUCUCAAUCUUGGUUUUAAGGAGAUGUUUGCAGUUCCUUAAGCAGAUAACGGACCUUUUUGCCUGUGCUCCUGCCUUUCUCUCUGCCUGAAAUGACCUGUCUUGUGUUCUUCCCCAGUGUCAGAAUGUCAUCUAGUUGUCUGUAUUAUUGUGGGGAAGUCCAAAACUAUUCUUCCUAAUGUUUUGUAUGUGACCUGUUUUCGCUCUAGAAACUUAGAAUUUUCUUCGCCAGUGUCCUGAAAUUUUGCAGUUUGUGCCUUGGUAUGGGUCUGUUUUCCUUCCCUGUUUUGGUCACUUGGUGGGUGCUUUCAGUCUGGAAACUCAAGCUCUUCAAUUCUGGAAAUUUUUCUUAAAUUGAUAACUUCCUACCCUCAGUAUUCUCUCUAGAUCUUUUAAAUCUAAUAUUAGACCUAACUUUUUCAUCUUUUUCGAUUUCCUUUUUUUUCUUUAUCUGCUCUGUGAAAGAUUUCUUCAACUUUACUUUCUAAUCCAUCUAUUAAUUAUUGGACGCAAUAUCUUUAUGAAGAUGAUAGUGGUAAUUUUCAUUUGCCUGCAUAGUCUAUUUCCUUUGAGUUAGUUUUUAUCCUGCUUGUUUAUCCAGCAUAAUUGUAUAUGUACAUAAUUGUAACCAGAAAAAAACCAAAGUGUGCGUGAAAAGAAAAUUACAGGGCACGUGGAAUUGCAACUCUUAUUUCUCGGCUAACGUUCUUCUGUUCGAGUGAAGCUGGGUCUGCAAGGCCAAUCAGCCGGAUGGCAAACCGGAGACUAGCCUGUCAUCACGCAGAGGCUCUAAUCCCCGCCCCCGGCGGUCCGCCGCAAGCCCUCGGGUGCCACAGUGGGGUGAGUGGGGCGGGGCGACACGCCCCUCCUUGGUUACGAGCCGCGCGACUGGUGGUGUGUGGCUGCGGCUUCCGCAAGGCUUGGGGUCUGAACCAGGUGAGUAUCUGCAGGCCAGGAGUAAACUACGUCUCUCCAUCGCAAUCCCUUCCUCUGGGAGCCGGGGUGGAAGACGGACCCGGAGGAGCAAAUGCACUAUCGGACUGCAGUUGGAGGGAUGUCCUUGUCGGCCGGGGCAACAGCCUGGGGGCCUUCUGUUUCUCGGGGCUGACGGUGGCGGAUGUUGGGGCAGAGCGGCAACGCGGAGGUGGUGGUGCGGCGGGGAGGUUCCCGGGCUCUGGCGGCGGCCACCGGUCCUUGUGAACAAAGCAGAGGAAUGGGGAGAAGUUUCGUAGAGUCCUAAAGUGCCCCUUGACCGUUGCGGGUUGGCUGUAGAACUCCCGGAUCUCAGGCAGUCCCUGACCCGCGCUGUACAUAGAAACCGUUGCUACUGCUGGAGGAUGCCGUUUCCUUCCGGUCUCUGGCUGCAGGUGGCGCCCAGCCCUGUGGAUGCUGGAAAGAACGUGCCUAGGUGGAAGAAAACCAUUUUUCGUGUUACUAGCCCAUUGCAGUUUGUGCUGGAGCCAUGACUGCCAAAGAUUAUCCAUCAUUGUGGGGCUUUGGAACAACAAAAACAUUUAAAAUACCUGUUGAACAUUUGGAUUUCAAGUAUAUUGAAAAAUGUUCAGAUGUUAAACACUUGGAAAAAAUUCUUUGUGUGCUCAGGUCUGGUGAGGAAGGAUAUUAUCCUGAACUUACUGAAUUUUGUGAAAAGCGCCUUUCAGGCUUGGCUCCUGGAAGUAGAGCUUUGAGGAGAGAGAAACCUGCAGCGACAGCAGCCAAUUUCACAGCAGAAGAAUGGGAAAAAAUUGACGGUGAUAUAAAGAGUUGGGUAUCAGAAAUUAAAAAAGAAGAUGAUAAAAUACACUUUCAAGAAAAUGAAACAUUUCCAGCAAUGGAAGAUAAUUUGCCUCCAGUUCGUGGUUCAACCAGCCAUCUUCAUGUUGCCAAGGAAAAAAAUUCUAAAAGUAGACCAGCUAAAAAGAAAAUUCCGAGGGAUUAUGCAGAGUGGGAUAAAUUUGACGUGGAAAAGGAAUGUGCGAAAAUUGAUGAAGAUUACAAAGAAAAAACUGUAGUAAACAACAAGUUGUAUUUGUCUAAAAUUGAGACAAGACUAGAUACAGCAGGUCUAACUGAGAAGGAAAAGGAUUUUCUUGCUAUUCAUGAAAAGGAGAAAGGUAACGAAGCUUUUAACACAGGAGAUUAUGAAGAGGCUGUGAUGUAUUAUACUCGGAGCAUAUCAGUGCUUCCCACGGUAGCAGCCUAUAACAAUCGUGCUCAAGCAGAACUCAAAUUACAGAACUGGAAUAGUGCUUUUCAGGAUUGUGAAAAGGUCUUGGAGUUAGAACCUGGGAACUUAAAGGCUCUUCUGCGCCGUGCCACUACGUAUAAACAUCAAAACAAGCUCCAGGAAGCUAUAAAAGAUUUGAAUAAAGUACUGACUGUUGAACCUGAUAAUGAGUUGGCCAAAAAAACCUUGUUAGAGGUUGAAAGAGAUCUGAAAAAUUCUGAACCUGCAUCUGAGACUCAAACCAAAGGGAAAAGGAUGGUUAUUCAGGAAGUAGAAAACUCAGAAGAUGAAAAUGAAAAGGACAGUGGAAGAAAACAUGAAGAUGGCAUUGCAGAUAACAAGGCCGCGGAGCCGGCGCCUGCCGGGCGCGCCGCCGAGCCGCGCGCCAUGGGCAACAUCCAGAAGAAGCUGACUGGCAAGAGCGAGGGCGGCAGGCGGCCGCAGAGGGGCGCGCCGCGGCGGGGCCGGGCGCCGGAGGCCGGCGCGGACAAGCGGGACCGGCCGCGGGCCCCGGCGACGGCGGGUGGCUCCAAUGGGCACCCGGGCGGCGGGCGGCGCUCGGGGGGCCCCGCGGCCAGCGCGCCCCCUGGUCCCGGCGCGUCCCCCGGACCUGGCGCGCCGCCGGCGCCCGCCGCCCCAGUCGGCCCCGCCGGCCUGAAGAGCCAGGGCAACGAGCUCUUUAAAAACGGGCAGUUCGCCGAGGCGGCUCUCAGGUACUCGGCGGUGAUCGCGCAGCUGGAGCCUGCAGGAAGUGGAAAUGCAGAUGAUCUAAGUAUCUUAUAUUCAAAUAGAGCAGCAUGUUACCUAAAAGACGGAAAUUGCAGUGGCUGCAUUCAAGAUUGUAACAGGGCUCUGGAACUUCGUCCAUUCUCAAUCAAGCCUCUUCUUCGACGAGCAAUGGCCUAUGAAGCUUUAGAGCAGUAUCAGAAAGCUUAUGUGGAUUAUAAAACAGUGUUGCAAAUAGACUGCGGAAUCCAGAUAGCAAAUGACAGUGUUAACAGGAUAACAAAAAUCCUAAUGGCCCUGGAUGGACCAAGCUGGAGGGAGAAGCUGUCGCCCAUUCCUGCUGUGCCCACUUCCGCACAGUUGCGAGCUUGGCGGCCUGUGGCAGAGACGCUGCCAGACCAAGUGGGAGGUUCCUGCAGCCAUCACCAACCGGGCAUCACAGAUGAAGAAAUGUUUAAAACCCUUAAAGAAGAAGGAAAUCAAUGUGUAAAGGACAAAAACUAUAAAGAUGCCCUUAGUAAAUACAGUGAAUGCUUAAAAAUUAACAAGGAAUGUGCCAUUUAUACAAACAGAGCCCUCUGUUACUUGAAGCUGGGCCAGUUUGAAGAGGCAAAGCAGGACUGUGACCGGGCGCUUCAGAUAGAUCUCGGGAAUGUGAAGGCAUGCUAUAGACGAGCUCUUGCUUACAAAGGACUCAAGAAUUAUCAGAAAAGUUUAAACGAUCUCCAUAAAGUUCUCCUACUAGACCCAAAUAUUAUUGAGGCAAAAAUGGAACUGGAGGAGGUAACCAGAACCCUGAAUGUUCAGGAGAAUGCAGCAUUAUUCAACAAAGAAAAGGAGAGAAGGAAAAUUGAGAUUGAAGAGGUGAAUGAAGGCCAGAAAGAGGAGCCUGAAAGGACCUCGGAGGACGUCUCCACUGACUCCCAUGCUUCUGAGAUGGGGGACACAAGCAACGGGCCACGAGAAUUCUAUGAGAAACUACCAAUCCCCAAACCUAACAAUGCCUACGAAUUUGGCCAGGUUAUAAACGCAGUCAGUACUAGGAAAGAUAAAGAAGCCUGUGCACACCUGUUAGCCAUCACUGAACCGAAAGACUUGCCAGUGUUGUUGAGCAACAAACUUGAAGGGGAUACAUUCCUGCUCCUCAUCCAGUCUCUGAAAAAUAAUCUUAUUGAUAAAGAUCCUUCUUUGGUAUAUCAGCAUCUUUUAUAUCUGAGUAAAGCAGAAAGGUUUAAAAUGAUGUUGACACUGAUUAGCAAGGGCCAAAAGGAGCAGAUUAAACAGCUCUUUGAUGACCUCUCAGACACACCAAACAAACAUUUUACUUUAGAAGACGUGCAGGCCCUCAAAAGGCAGUAUGAGCUUUAAAUAAAGAUUAUUGUUAUAUUUCUUCCAUGCAUAUAUGUGUCCCAGUAAUGCUAAUGAGAUGGUAUUGUAAUAGAGUUGCAUGGAUAAAACCUGGCUUAGAAAAGAUCCCUUGGUCUGGACUAUAAACUAUUUUACUUAUUUUUAUACAUAGAACACAUAUAUUCUACAAUCUGCUUUUUAUUAGUUGUAAAUAUUUUCUUAUGUACCAGAGCUAACAUCUUUAUAUUUAAUAAUAAGUAUAUCUGGAACUCGUUAAGAUGCAUUUUAAUUUAUAUUAUACAUUUUCUUUUAAUAACUGACUUGUUAAAAUUUUGAGUUAAAUUACACUUCUUUGGGUAUGAAGGAGUCCUGUUAAGUUUGAUAGAAAUGUAUUUCUUUACAGUUCAUUUUUAAAAGUGAAAAUCAUUAAGUGAUUGAUUAUUACAUCACUUUUAUUUCCUGCUAAGAUAUAUAUAUAUCCCAUUUUAUACUACUUGUGGAUUACAGGCCUCUAAGAUGAAAUGUAACACUUAAGUCUAUAAUAUGAAAUGAUUAUUAAAUAAAUUGUGAUUAUUAAUUUAGA